AUGGAUGAAAUUUAUAAGAUCGCUUCCACAGAAAGGGUCCUGAUGUUGGAGAAAGAACUGGCUGCACAACUGACUGAACAGAAGUCUGAGAUCGAGGGUCUGGCAGAGACUCUUCGGGGACCAACUCGUGGAGCUUGCAGGUUCGAGCUCCUUCCCACACCCGCUCUCGGCCUUUAUGAGGCUGCAGCUGGAUUCAGGCCCCGAAGCCUUCCCGACGGCCUGGUGCUCCCUGCGCGGCCACCGCCUCCACGGGGACGGGGACGCGAGCUGACGGUCUGUUUCGCCUUCCCUGAAGCUUACCCACGGGUACUGGUAGGGCCACAUGAACAGCAGCGGGCCCAAAGCCCACUGCCCGUGAGCCUCAUCUCCCGGGUCGCACCCCGGCAUCAGGCCCCACAGGAGCGCGCCUGGGCCUCCCCACGUCAGAGCUCCCGCUCUGUUCGAAUACCAAAGGACGUUUCUUACUUGAGAAGCCAAAAGGAACUGACUCUGAAGAAAAUGUUGCAGGUGGCCGGGGCAAAGCCCUUUGCUGUUCAAGCUGAUGUCCUGCAGAGGGAGCAAGAGAGCUACCUAAGAAGGGAGCCCACGCCUGAAAAUUCACCUUUGCUUUUGUUGCAGCAUCGCCCAGAGAGAAUCGCCCAGCUGGCCCAGAGCAGACGGCUGCGCAUGCUCGGGUGGGAGAGGUUUUGCCAGCACAGUGAGAUCAUGGAGCAACUGUGCCCUCUUCACAAGUCCCUGCUGACUCUCGAGUGCCUGCCCUCCUUGGAGCCCCAGAAGCCAUGCUUGGCGAGCCUGAGACACUGGCCUUCCCUGCCGCGUGCUGCCUUUACGUCCUCCGCCCUCUGCACUGUCACCCACCUGUAUGCAGCUGGCGGCACCAGGCAGACCCGGAGGCCCGGGGCUGUCUCCCUCCUGCUGGGGGGCUGGGGGCCUGCAGAGCGCGGAGCAGGGGGGCCGCAGCUCUCUCUGCAGGGCCGGGCCCGCCUCUGCUCUGCCCUGACUCACCAGCGUUACUUGCAGCUCCUCAGCAGUUGCUUUGAAGCCCACCAGCACGUCCUGGACCCCGAGGAGAGGGUCGCCUUAGCUCAAGUGAUCACUGACGUCAUUCAGGUGAUCAAUGACGUCAUGCACAGGCACCCGCGGUUUGACGUCAGCCGCCCUUGCGUCAUUAUGGCCUACCAAGACGAGUGCGCCUGCCUGCGGCUCCCCCUGCGGCCGCUGCACGGUGUCCUCGGCCAGCACGGGAGUCCACGGGGGCUCGAAACCAUUGCGUGUGAGAGCUGGCGGGCACGGGCGGGAACCCAGAGCAGCGUUUUCCUUCCAUUCUGGAUGGAGCGUCAGCGGGCGUGUGUCCAGGGGCUUUGGCGAGAAGGGGGCUUAGAUGAUAGCAGUAACUUCGGGCUUCCCCUUAACGUACUACGCAAGCGACUUAUUUCUAUCAACAAUAGCCGCCCAUCUUUGAAAAACAUUUAUCUGCUGGAGUCCCACCCUUCCCUGGGCCUGGUGUCACUCAUCCCCAGGGCCCUGGAACACCUCUUCCGGGAGGCCUGCCACGCCUGCAGACCCGCAUCAGCCAGCGGCCUGGCCUCGCUGGAGAGACGCGUGCUGCUGCUGGCCCUGGACACGUGGCUGUCCCCGGCCAAGCCCGAGUCCCAGUACAGCGCCCAGCUCCAGAAAGCUGAGGGUUCUCUGGGGGGGCAGGUGGGUCCUCGGGAAGAGGAUGCUUCCUCCCGAUGUCACUAUUUAGCAUGUUUUUCUUUUUGGGUCUAUUCCUCCCCUGUUUGGCCAAAGACAGAUCACAGUCCUAGGCCUUGCCAACAUUUUUAUGUGGUUUUUCUUUCAUGUUUGUUCAAAUCUGCUAGUUCAUCAGGAUGCUGCUCCAAUGUUCCGCCCAUUGCCAGGAAGAAAACCCUCAUCCUAGCAGCAGCUCAGGAACCUACACUACUGAAAUUUGGGGCUGAAUGUGCCCAGGCUGCCGUGCUGGGCACCAAGGGCUGUUUAGCAGUGACCCUGACCAUCACCUACCAGAUGCCAGUCACACCGCCGCGCCUUCCAGGCUGUCAAGAAGGGAGGAGGGAAAACGAGGAAACUGUGGAAUGCUGGCCCCACAUUGAAACUGCGUUCAGUAAGGACCAGUGCCCUCCAGUCUCCGGGCCGAGAUGCCAAGUCGUGUAUAGCCCGCGAGAGCGGUCACUGCUGACGGCCGGAGCUGAGCGCGCCCCAGUCCCCGCAGAUCAGAGCCUCCUGAUGGCCUCGGCGCCAGAACAGCGUCGCGUGUCUUCUUGCAGAUAUUCUCCUCCCGCGCUCGUCUUUGCCAUCUCCCAGGCGGAUGAUAACCAGGUUGGCAGAUUCAGCUUUUACACAAAGGAAGCCAUCCUUAAGCUCUUGGUCCAUUCAGGAGUGGAGAAUAUGCAAGUGACCCUUGCCUGCCAAGCUGCUCAGAAAAAUGCUUUGAUGGCGGCUGUCCAGCAGGCAUCUUUCUAUCACACACUCCCCAAGCGGGCCAUCCUGCUGAUGCCCAGCUGCAAAGGGGGCCCAGUGCCCUGGUGCCGGGCUCCGGGCUUUGCACCCCACCUGGGCCCUGGCACUGUGGCAGGAGGGUGGUGGUGUAGACCUUCCACUACCCCUUUGGAGAGAAACACUGCGCUACAUGAACCCUCUCAUGAUCCGCAGGAGUUCUCAGCCCGGCCACGCCGCUUGCUGUCUGCCGACGGGAAAGUCUUCCUCAAUUUAUGGUUCACACCCUGUCCCUCUGAAGCGUUGGUCAUGUUCAAAACUCUGCCAGAAAAGGGACAUCUAAUAACUGAAAUCUUCUCUCAGCUCCUCGCAUUUUCGCCUGCUGUAUCACAGUCCUGUCGGGCUUCAUGCUUCCAUGAGUUCUGUUUCUCCCUGGUCAUGAAUGGACACCGACUCCGGCUCCCAGUGUUCCUUAUCAAUCCUCAAACUCGGUCUGAGCUUCAAGAGCUGCAGAAAAUGACUGACAGCCUGCAGAACCCCCAAGACCCCACCACCCAGGCGCCCCUGCGAAGGGAGGUGCUAACCCUGCAGUCUGACACUGCAGCGAGGCACCUCAUCCGAACUUCCUUGGCUGCUGGAAAUGCGCCUGCCUACCGGUCUGUCACAGACGGCAUGAACCACGGCUGACGCCCCUGAGCAGCUCUCUCCCGGAGCGUGUGUGCUUCCCGGCUCAGCCUGCCCCAGCCACUCAACCCACAGAGCCUCCAGGCAUUUGUGCUAUUCCCUUGGAGAAUAUUGCUGGAAGAUGGGGGACCGUUUCCGGUUAUAAGUGGCUGUCCAGAUACCCUAGAAUAUGAUAUGCAGCUGUGCCUCUGUAGGCUGAGUGACUGUGACCUGAAGGUAGCUCAUGGGGAGCUCGUGGGCCUCCACCUGCUCAUGGACACCGUACUUCUGAGCAGCUCUCCUGUGAUGGUGGAGGGGCCCCCAGGACCGCAGGCCACACUGGGCAAGAACACACAGCUAUUCCUGGCCAAGAUGCCAGGAUGCAGAAGUCAGCACCAAAGCAGCCCGAAGGCCUGGACGCUGCUGGGAGGCCGGCGUGAUGCCCUGACGUCCGUCGCUUUGCUGAGAUCGUUUCUGGUGCUGUGGAAGCAGCUGGAGGUGCUCAAGGACCCCUGGGGCCGACUCAGGCUGCGAGGCUGGGACAUGGAUCCCGUCUCCUUCCACAAACAGUUCUCAGAGCUCUAUGAAGCGAACAUUCUCUAUCCCAGCAUGAGAGCUACAGCCCGGCUGAUGGGGAAAGAAGGUGAAUUUGAAGGACUCCUAAUAAGUAGUCAGUCUAUUCUUCCCCCCAGAGGAGCUUCAGAAAUCGAAAUAAAAACUCAGCAGCUUCAGAAACUUCUGGAAAGUCUUGAAAUUCAUAUGAUCCAGGAGAUAUUAAGAAAAGAUCACAGAGAGAAAACACUGGUUGUUUCAGAAAAGUCCAAGGAGCAGUGUGCUCUUCCUACAGCAGGGCCUAGCAUGGCGAGGUCUGUAGGGGUCACGUGCCUGGCGGUGACUCGGGACCCGGGCUGGCAGCACCCGCCUCGCGUGGGGCCGCACACAGGGAAGCAGGCCCCACGCAGCCCGGCCAACACGCACGUCGCAGAGCUCAGCCACAGCAUGACCGUGGAGGUCGCGGCCCUGAGAGCCCGGCUCACAGGUCUGGAAGAGGAGAACGUGAAUCUCAAGCAGCAGAUUAGGGAAGAAGCCCAAGAAGAAUAUGAAGGCUUAAUCCAAGCUUUGUUUGCGACGUGUUUACACAUAAAAGAGACGCUGGGUGGGAAUCAGCUGGAUCUGAUCCAGGCAGUGUGCGGCCUCAUCGGCGAGGUAAGACCUGAAGGGGCCGACAACCCAAAGGGCCUGAAGGCCAAGAGGGGCUCUGCCCACUCUGAAGAAGGGCAGACGGAGGCUCUGCGGAGGGCGCUGGCCGGCAGCCGGGCUGGCAGCCUGAGGACGCGCGGGCAGCAGGAGAGCCAGGCUCACCUGCUCGGUCAGAGCGGAGUGACCCGGGAAGCCGGCCUCCGGGGCAGGGCCUGCAGCCCCUUCCUGAGAGGCGGGGAGGGCCUCCGAGCUGGGCGGCUGCCGCAGAAGAGGCUCCGGUGA